AUGUCGACUCCAACAAGACCCAAUUUCAUCGACAUACGUUCCGAGUCUCAAGCCUCCGUCCAGCGCCCACUAAGGUCUCCUCGCCUACAUGUUGCCGGGGAGCAUCCGCCGGAGCUCUCGCCUCUCGAUGCGUUCGCUCUGCAGAGCCGGCUGCUGGCCAAGCAGCUGGAGGAGAGCGCCAAAGCUGGUAGGAGAAUGAGCCGACUGCCUCCAUUGACGACAGAGAGUCCUCUUAUCGUGCAAGGAAGAUCUGAGUAUUUCCGGUCAAUGUCUGCUGAGUCUGGUUCUGACACCGGUGGUGAUGGACCUCAACAACACUCCGCUGGUCCCGGGAUGAGGGCGGAAUUUGCAGAGUCGCCCGAUCGUCCCAAGUCCAUGCACCCACGAAUGAGCCAAAUCCCACCGACCCCGGAUACUUCGAUUCCCAUACCAACACCAAACUCCUUUGAGCAACUGCGAGGUCGACCACUGGGCAGCCAUGAUGACAAGAGCAGCUACUUUGGAGCUAGGAGAGAAAACUCGCCUUCAUCCUUUGACAGUGCCAGCAUCGAUGCCAGGGCGACCGAUGAGGUGGAGUCCUCGCAACCGGAGCUGCUGGGCGAGCCAUCGACAACCCCGAGCCAAGCCUUGUCGUCACCUCGCAAGUUGGAACACAAGACUUCGCACGAGUCUCUCGCUCCCCCAAGGACUACAUUCCCCGCCAGGACUUCCAGCAUCAAGUCACAGACGACAGAAGAUGGUGUUGACGAUGAUGUUCUCGGCUCCUCUUUUCACUCUAACCGAUCGCGCAAGCUCUCUUCGAGCAGUGCCGGUGUAUUCUCCCCUAAUCACCAGCAGCGAUCUCCCUCGAUAAGCUCCAACAUAUCCGAACUACCACGCCCAGCGUUCAACUUCUCGAGGCCAAUGAGCCGAGCAGGAACACCUGGGCUGGAGACACCAGUACGUUUGGACCCGCCUGCGCGGCAGCCCUCCUCCGACAGUCAUUCAUCUUUCUUCUUGGCCGACGACGCAAGCAAUACUCCGAUCAGUAUGAACAGCGAGGGAUUCCCAGAUAUAGCCGAGGAUGGAAAGCCAGGGUCAUCGACAUACAUUUACUCAAAGUUCAACCUUCCCCGAGGAAAGACGAUGCAAAGGUCGAAUUCCAAGGAUCGAGUACCGGCCUCAGGGACUUUCCAAUGGGAGCAGCCCGCUGUUGCUCCCAGUAAUGAACAGACGAUCCCUUGCGGUGGUCAGGCGCCGCCAUCCCCUCCAACCAGGCCCUCCAGCUCAGCAAGUCGCGAGCUGCGGAGACCUUCAGGUGAAACGAGCCUCGAUGUGCCACGUCCCACAACACAACCGUCACCGAGCGAAAACCGACCGGCCACUAGCGGCGGGCGUGCCUCUGAGGACGUACAAAGGGGGCGCAGCGAGAAGCGGUUAGGGACCGCAACAACCAGUGACGCAAGCACCAUCAAGGCCCGUUCCCAGCACUCUGUCGCAACCACGAUGGCAGAUACACCAGCGGAAGAGCAUGUCAGCAAGGCAAUUGCUCUGCAUGAAGAAGGCAAGGUCAAUGAGUCGACCUAUCACCUUCGCUAUGCCGCAAAGCAAGGCGAUCCUGUAGGGAUGCUACUUUUUGCAUUGGCAUGUCGACACGGCUGGGGCAUGCGACCCAACCAGGCAGAAGCUGUGAUAUGGCUUCGCAAGGCUGCCGAUUGCGCAGGCGUCGAGAUUGCAGAGGACGAGAGCAACGCGAAGGAAGGACAGCACGUGGAUGUGGCAGGGCGCAAGACGCGUAAAGCGCAGCUGGCCCUGAGCAUCUACGAGCUUGGUGUAAGCCAUAUGAAUGGAUGGGGCAUUGAGCAGGACAAGGCUCUUGCCUUGCGUUGCUUCGAAAUCGCUGGAAGCUGGGGCGACGUCGAUGCUCUUGCUGAGGCAGGUUUUUGCUAUGCCAAAGGUGUCGGCUGCAAGAAGAACCUCAAGAAGGCGGCGAAGUUAUACCGCGCGGCUGAGGCCAAGGGUAUGAGCAUGGUCGGCAACAGCUGGAUCCACAAGCCGAAGUACAAUGACGACGAGGACGAGGAGAACGACGAUGCAAGGAGCACCAAGUCGCGAUCCAAGUCCAAGUCACGGUUCUUUGGCAAGGUUCGGUCCCACACCACCACCGGCGCACCAUAG